GCAACCACCAUGCCGAAGAAGAAGGCAAGCGGCGCGGCUUCACAGCCAGACGCUGCUCCUCACGCCUCGAGUCUCAUCAUUUGCAGGAACAAGCAUUGGCGCUACAUCUCUUCAUUCCACGGGCCAUGGCUCCAACUCCCGCCCGAGAUACUGGACUCGCUCGCUCACCAGAACUACUUCAUGCCCGCGCCCCGUCUGGUCGAUCCCGCAGUGUUCUACGAUGUGGUCAAGAUUCGCAAAGCAGUGGACGAAGCGGCGCAAGACUCGGUGCGUGCGUCCACGGGUAUCUCCAACACAGCAAUGAAUGGUCGCAUGGACUAUUUUGGAACAGGAGGAGGACCUGGGACACAGCUGAGUAAAGAGCGGAUAUUCAAGAUACGGCAGAAAGCAGUCAAGCUGCUGUCGAAGGCUUUCACGCUGGACGAGGUAGCGGCGAGUGUUGCGACAAUGCAGGCGACUUCGACAGUGGAGGACGUAGGACAGCACGUCCUCAAGCGGGAGCCUAGCAGUACAGACGCACGAUACGUCCAUUUCUUCCACGAGAAGAUUCCCUCUCGAGCCAUGGAGCAGUACACACCGUUGGACACUCUGAACGAAAUCAUUACCUCCCUUCCAUUCGAGCAACAAGCGGCACCCUUACGAACAAGAGCUUUGGUACAGAUCUUCAAACGUCAAUGGGAUGGAGCAGCGUUAGAUCUCACGAUGGCUUUGCGGAUCACAGAAGAGCUGAAACGAAUGCACAAACCGAAUCAGCAGCAAUUGGAGCUGGCAAGCAAGAUGAAGGACGAACAAGAGGCUUGGAGGAAUGGACACAGAGAUUGGAGAUCAGUCCCGCAAUUGAAGGAGGAGGAUCAACCGCAAAGCUUGGGAAUGCAAUUGCUGUUCAAUCGAGCUGGCGUGUACUUGACAAUUGCUUGUCAGAGCGUACAUGCAGCAUUGGACGGGCUGAAGGAGUUUCAGGCGGCGCAAGAGAAGGGGGAGACAAACGGAGUGGAUGCGAAGGCACAAGCGGCACGAUUGGAGUCGCGGAAGAAAGUCAAGACGUACGCAAAGCGUGCGCUCAAGGACUACACAGCGUUCUUGUCGCACUUUGACUAUACGCCAGGACUUCCAUUUGAAAUUACGAAUGAAAUCAUGAGACGAGUGUACGACCUUGCAAACGGCAACAGAACGCAGACGCCGACACCAAAGAACAGGCUCAUUGAGCUGGAGGGAGACGACGAAGAAGAGGAAGAGUUGGAUAUGAACGGCGGCACCACACCCUCAGCGCUAGUCAAGCAUGAAAAGCCGAAGCCAGAGCCGUUCGAGCGCGGCGAAGAUGGCUGGCCUCGGUUUCCUUCACCGAAGAUCCAUCCAGCAAGCGCACUUUUCGCGGAGAAACCGCCCGCAGACCUGCCCACAUUCCCCAGCGACGAGACCACCGAAGCAAUGCGCAACAACGAGACCAUCCACGAAGCGUUUGGCAGUCGUGAAGCCGUCACAUACCAUCCUCUUCUGACAGACGCGCUGCACUCUCUACUCCUUGCGCACGCACUCAUGCAAACGAGUCCAACCGAGCACCUCCGCCAUGCCCAUAAUGCUGCACGACUAGCGCGUAUUGCGGAUGGCUAUCCAAUUUUCCAAGCAGCUCGCAGUCCAGCCCGGGCAGACUGGAUCGAGGUACUACGCCGCGCAAACAACUGGCUUGGUCUGUCCGUACCCUGGCAGAAACUUUGUGCUCCGGCGCCUCUUCCCGAUGCUGCGGGCGGAUGGGCCAAAGAGACGGGUUCAGGCGCAGUGACGAAGCGCAAGACCGAGAAGAAAGAGGAGACAGCGGAGCAAAAGAAAGAACGCAUCAAGCAGGAAUCCAUUAUCGAUGCCCUGUCCGACGACCGUGUCGUAGACGAGGAGUCUUUCCAGCGCGCAGUUCGAGCUCGAGAACGACGUGCCAUGGACGACGAGCAAGACGCAGCCAAUUUGCCGGCGCCCAAGCGCUGGGCUCAGGACGAGAAUGGGAGGGAAUAUCCCAUUUCUACGGAUCGUGCGGCGGCGAUUGCGAGGUGGAUUAAGGAGAGUCCGCUGAGUAUGGGUGGGAAGAAGAGGAGGCCGAAGAAGAAGGCUGCGAGUGGGGCAAAUGGUGUGGCUGAGGGUGUCAAUGGGUUGACGGUGGGGGGCGAUACCAAUGGGCAGGACGAGGAUGGGCCGGAUUGA